AUGAUAUUAAGAAAAGACCAAGAAAUCGACGAAAUUCAACAUCACUUUAAUGAAAUAAGUGAAAAAAUUUCUCAUCAAGAAAAUGCAGUUAUAAUUAUCGGUGAUACAGGAGAGGGAAAAACUACGUUAUUAGGAUAUUUAACUGGGAUUCCCUUGUUUAGUGGAGAAGAUGAUCUUGGUGAUUAUAUUAUUUACGCUGAAGAUUCAAAUGAAAUAGAUAUCAAUGAUAGGCCUAUUUCACAAACUUCUUUACCAAAAUGUCGAGAAGUAUAUUGGGAUUGCCCUGGGUUUGGUGACACACGAGGUCCUGUGCAAAAUAUUGUGAAUGCUUAUUCAAUUUAUAAAUUAGUGAAAAAUAUAGAAAAAUUAAAGAUUUUACUCGUUGUUUCUGAAUCAAUAAUUAGAAGUACAAGAAAAAAAGAAUUCUUAAAUCUUAUUAAUAAUUUGGGUGAAACUUUUAAAGAUACUGAAGAAUUAGUUCGGGGAUUAUGUUUAGUAAUAACAAAAAGCAAUAAGCUUGAUGUUAGAAAAGUAAGAAAUUGUUUCCGUAAAAUCCUUGAAGAAUAUGAUAAUCAAGAAAGUUUUAGUCAACCCAAAAGAGAAAUACUCAAUUUUUUAUCCUCUUCUGAAAGUCAAAUAGUAUUUUUCAAUGCUCCUGAUCAAGAAGGUCAAAUAUCCGAUACGGACAAGUUUUCAAUCUUGGAGAGUAUAGGAAAGAUUUCUUACUUGACAAAUUUAGAGCCCAGUGUUUUAUUGGAUGACAAAUCAAAGCUUUAUAUCAAUGAACUAGUCGAAAAAUUCUAUGAUGAUAUAAAAGAUUAUAUUUUGUUAAAGUUUUAUCCAGAGAUUCAAAAUUAUUAUAAAACUUUAAUAGAUACACAUCGAGGCACAGCUAAAGAAUUGAGAAAUUCAUUAAUUGACUUUUCUAAUAAAUUUAAAACCAUACAUGAUAUACCAGAAAAGUUUGAAGAAAAUCUUCAACAAAUUCUUUUAAUCAUCGAACAUAUCCAAAACAAUGAUCUCAAAAAAGAACUUUUAAAAAAAAUUUCUUUAUUAAAUUUCUUUAAACUUGUCAAACCCGAAUCAUUUGAGAUUAAAGGAAAUACUAGUAGUUGGUAUAAUUAUAUACCCAAAUUAAUUAACGAGUUAAAGAUACUUACAACCUUAAAUAUUUAUGGUCAUGGACAAUUUUUAACAUUUGAAGGCAUAAUUAUUGGUACUGAAGACCUUAUUCCUGCAAUGAAUAAUCAAGAACUGUCUGAAAUAAAUGUAAUUAGCUUAAAUAGCUUGUUUAUUGACCAAGAUAUAAAUGCACCAGGAAUUAAUCUGACAUUAAUAUCUCCUAAAUGGCAUGUCGUGGGUAAAAAAUUAAUUAAUUUAAAAGGCAUUUCUGGUUUCUCACACAAACCAAAUAAAGCAAAUGAUGGAAUCACAUCUACUGAAAGACAAGACACUAAUGGUGAAGAUGGUCUACCUGGACUGCCUGGCUAUUGUGGAGGAAAUUUUUAUGAUGGUGAUAAUUUUGGAGAAAAAUUUUUAAUAAAAAAAGAAGAUAUGGAACUUAUAUCAAGAGAAAAAGUAAAAGUUUUUUCUUCAAACGAAGAAAAAGAUCAAAUUCUUGAUAAAGUAGUAAGAUGUGCAGAAAAAUGUGCUAAAUUUGUGGUAACCUUUAACGAUAAACAUGAAGAAACAUAUGAAUACUUUAAUCCAGGACUGGAAGGAGGAAAUGCUGGACGAGGAGGAAUAGGCGGUUUUGGUGGAAAACCUGGUACUAUAUUACUUGAUAGCUCAUCCAAAUUAUUUGAAACUCCUAUUAUAUUUAAAGAAAGUAAAAGAGGAGCGAAUGGAAAAGGAGGAAAGCCAGGCCUUGGUGGAAAAAAUGGACCAAAAUAUCGUGGAGUAUACAUUAAUGAAAGAGUAUUUCCUGCAUUAAGAGGUAUUAAAGAAAUUGAUGCUAAGAAGUGUGAUGUAGCGGAUGGAUUAUUAGAGUCAACACGAGCAACAGUGGCACCAGCAGCAACAUUAUCAAUUACAGGUUUAGCAGCAAGUCCAUUAGCAUUUAGUGUUCCUGCAGCCUUAGCGGGCUUUGGCAUAACUUUAGCUGUUCAGACAAGUUGUUCUGUAGUAAGUGCAAAUUUAUCAAGUGGUUGGAAAGAAGUGCCACAUAAAGUAAUUAAUGAAAAAUUUAGUGAACGUGCACCCGAAGGGAAUUUACCUGAUGGGUUAAAUGAGGCUAAAAUUAUUAAAACAAACUUUGACAGACUUCCAUCCAUAAAAACUGAAGAAAAAGAAAA